UCUUUCUGUUCAUUUUAUCCAUCUCCGUCUUCUGCUCCAUUUCACCACAUUUUUGUUUUAGCAAAGACUAGUGGUUGAUGGAAAAGUUAGAGAGGCGUCGGCAGUUGGCUUGGCUUCUUCUGGGGAAAAAGUAGCAUAGGGGCCUUAUUGUUUUUUAAGAUUCUUGCGCGUUAUAAUAACAGUGAAAGCUAUGGAGGUGCAGGGCAGAAGGAAGAUGUUGAGGUUCUUGGUCAUGUUGGUUUUAUUUUCCAUGGAGAUGGCAGUACCCUCAACUGCCAGCAGAAGCAAAAGCAACUUAUCUACUCAAAACCAUGAGGUUCAAGCCCAAUUGAAGCUCUUGAAUAAGCCUGCUGUUAAAUCUAUCAAGGGUCCAGAUGGAGAUAUAAUUGACUGUAUCAAACUUGCCCACCAACCUGCUUUCGCUCAUCCAUUAUUCAAAAACCAUAAAAUCCAGAUGACCCCAAACUUUCACCCGGAACGUGCUUUUGCUGAAAGCAAGGUUUCCUCGAAUACGGAACCGGGUUCGUCCCGGAAAAUUACCCAGGUGUGGCACUUGAAUGGAAGGUGUCCAGAAGGAACUAUUCCCAUGAGAAGAACUAAAGAAGAUGAUUUGUUAAGAGCAAGUUCUGUCAAGGCAUUUGGGAAAAAGAGGCACAAAACCAUCCCUCAACCAAGGUCUGCAGAUCCUGACCUCUUCAGUCAGAGUGGUCAUCAGCAUGCAAUAGCUUACGUGGAUGGGGACAAGUACUAUGGAGCUAAGGCAACCAUUAACGUUUGGGAACCCAAAAUACAGCAGCCUAAUGAAUUCAGCUUGUCUCAAAUCUGGUUAUUGGGAGGAUCAUUUGGUGAAGAUCUCAAUAGCAUUGAAGCAGGCUGGCAGAUUAGCCCAGAUCUAUAUGGAGAUAACCACACUAGACUCUUCACUUACUGGACUAGUGAUGCAUAUCAAGCCACUGGUUGCUAUAAUCUACUUUGCUCGGGCUUCAUUCAGAUCAACAAUGAAAUAGCAAUGGGUGCAAGCAUCUACCCUAUUUCUGGUUAUCAUAGUUCCCAAUAUGAUAUAAGCUUACUCGUGUGGAAGGAUCCUAAAGAGGGGAACUGGUGGCUGCAAUUCGGUAACAAUUACGUGCUGGGUUAUUGGCCGGCCUUCCUAUUUUCCUACCUAUCAGACAGUGCAUCCAUGAUUGAGUGGGGAGGAGAGGUUGUGAACUCAGAAUCAGAUGGACAGCAUACAUCCACACAAAUGGGGAGUGGCCAUUUCCCCAAUGAAGGUUUCGGCAAAGCUAGUUACUUCAAGAAUAUUCAAAUUGUUGACGGAUCCAACAAUCUCAGGGUUCCUAAAGGCCUUGAAACCUUUACCGAGCAAUCCAGCUGCUAUGAUGUAGAAACCGGAAAAGGUGGAAAUUGGGGCAGCUACUUUUACUAUGGUGGUCCGGGUCGGAACCCUAACUGCCCUUGAAUCAUUUAAACCAUAAGAAAAAAAAGAGGCAACCAAAAACUGUUGCUCAUAAGAAUAUUCAUCAUGCCAAGUGAUGCCCUUCUUCUUCAUGUUUAAGUUAGACUAGUAACUCGGUGAAUCAUGUUGCCACCUCUAGAUAGUAGCAGUACAGGUUUAUAUCACCCUAUUUACUCUGCCAAAGAUUUGUUGUGAGAUAGUGAGGUGUUCCUAGCUGA